CAGCCCAGGCCUGCUCAAGGGUGCGGCUAUCACCACUCCUACUAUCCUGCGAGGUACCCUUCCUACGGCCAGUCUAGCGGGGUUAGGUAAAAGUAUUGUUCUAACUAAGAUGCCAGUUGGCACUAAGAUUGGGCCCAUUGUCACAGGGAAGCCCCUAAGCUUUAUAACACAGCCUUUCCAGAUCCAAGGACAGAGUCAACUUCCAGGGUUUGCCACUGUGAUUGGCCAAGUGCCUGGGUUGAGUGUUCAGGGGGCAGGGCAGGGUCCUGGAACUGCUGCGGCUGGCCAGGCAUCUGCAGCAAGUGCCGCAGGACAGCCUCAGCCAGGAACACAAACCACAGCAGCUGCAGCUGUGCUGCAACAGGCACAGAAUAUGGGUAUAGCAGGGCAAGCUCAGCAGAUCCAGGCACAGUCUCCCUCAGCAUCAGGGCAGCCCUCUACGCUCCCUACACCCACCAUCCAGGCACAGACUCUGGCGUCACUAGGGCAACCCAGAAGUGGUCCCCAGCAGCCAGCGGUAUCAAUAACCGGACAUCACCUCUCCCGAGCCACUCCAACAUUUCUACCCUCGGCAGUAGCACAGUCUCUCGGAAUUAUAACAACACUCCCUCCAAACUUAGUCAUGACCAAGUCUGUCACAACCACACAUCUCACACCAGCCAAGAGUGUAGUGACUGGUGUGGCUGUGUCAGCUGUACCAGGUGCCACAAGACCAGCUGUAUCAGGUGCCACCAUGACAGCUGUGUCAGGUGUAGCACCAACAUCAGCCGCCUUGAGAAGCCCUGUGGCGACUACUGUACUUAGGGCUCAGCCUGCAACACUGGCAACGGCAAGAAGCCAGGCUCAACAGAAAUUGCAGGAAAAGAUUUUGAGCCAACUUAAAGCAUCUCAGUCACAUGACCAGUCAGAGAAGAAAUGAAUCACCGGUUUCUAAUUAACUUCCUUUAUUUUUUGUGGAAUUCAAUAUCAUAGAAGCACAGUAUUAUGGUACCGUGAAAAGUAGUAUUUUAAGAGAUUCCGUGCAAAUGUUCAAUUUUUUCACUGAAAGUAUUUGGGAGUGCCAAAGUGAUAUAAGCAGAUUUAUAUGUUUUCUGUUUGAAUUAUUUUUAGUCAGAGUUGUUUGUUUUUUUUGUCAUGAAAAUUUUACAACUGAGCAGUAUCAUAUAAAACACAGUUUUCCUUAAAAUUGACACUUACAUCGAUGGUAGGAGACCAGGUCGAGAUAAUUAUGUACUGGAAUAGUGUUCGAAGUUACAGUUUGAAUCUGAUCCAGAAUGACUUUUACCAACACUGAUGAACUUUCAAGUCAAGACAAUUGUUGUACAGCUUCAACUUGGCACUACUCACUGAUGCUUUUACACGAAAUGCUGAUACUAGCUUUGUAGUAGCUGUAUAGA